GCGGCUGCGGCUCCCCGCCCCCCGCCCCUCCGGGGAGUCCCGGAGGCGCCUCUUCCGAGAUCGGGGGUGGGUCGUCCCUGCUUAGCUGGUCCCUCCCUCUUCCCCCUCCCCCCAGUGGUUUCCGGGGCCUGCGAGAGCAGGGGGCGGGAAUCGGGGCUGCAGCCCCUUCCACGGGCCAAGAUCUAGACUGGGCCUGACGCCUUCUGGGUCCGUCAUUGGCGGGGGAAACUUUCCCAAACCAGAGAGAGAGCCUGAACGCCCUCCUCCGCCACCUCGUCCUCUAAUCCCACUCCCACUCCACCGCCUCCCAGGCCUUCCCCUCCCACCGACCCGAAUCUUGCUGCGGCUGACUGAUGGGGCAGUGAGCCAAUCGAAGGCGGGAAGCUGACCUGCCGGGUGUGGAUUUCUUUUGAAUUUGGCUGUAAAUUUAUAGAUCUUCUGCCCUGUCUACAGGCACAGUUGCUGAUAUGUGUUCAAGAUGAGUGGGAUGGGAGAAAAUACCUCUGACCCAGCCAGGGCAGAGACAAGAAAGCGCAAGGAAUGCUCUGACCAGCUGGGACCCAGCCCCAAAAGGAGCACUGAGAAACGUAAUCGUGAACAGGAAAAUAAAUAUAUAGAAGAACUUGCAGAGCUGAUUUUUGCAAAUUUUAAUGAUAUAGACAACUUUAACUUCAAACCUGACAAAUGUGCAAUCUUAAAAGAAACUGUGAAGCAAAUUCGUCAGAUCAAAGAACAAGAGAAAGCAGCAGCUGCCAACAUAGAUGAAGUGCAGAAGUCAGAUGUAUCGUCCACAGGGCAGGGUGUCAUCGACAAGGAUGCGCUGGGGCCCAUGAUGCUUGAGGCCCUGGACGGGUUCUUCUUUGUAGUGAACCUGGAAGGCAACGUGGUGUUUGUUUCAGAGAAUGUGACACAGUAUCUAAGGUAUAACCAAGAAGAGCUGAUGAACAAAAGUGUAUAUAGCAUCCUGCAUGUUGGGGACCACACUGAAUUUGUCAAAAACCUGCUGCCAAAGUCUAUAGUGAACGGGGGAUCUUGGUCCGGAGAGCCUCCCAGGCGGAACAGCCAUACUUUCAACUGUCGGAUGCUGGUAAAACCUUUACCCGAAUCAGAAGAGGAAGGUCACGAGAACCAGGAAGCACAUCAGAAAUACGAAACUAUGCAGUGCUUUGCUGUCUCUCAACCAAAGUCCAUCAAAGAGGAAGGAGAAGACUUGCAGUCCUGCUUGAUCUGUGUGGCGAGAAGAGUGCCCCUGAAGGAGAGACCAUCCCUUCCCUCAUCAGAAAGCUUCACCACUCGGCAGGACCUCCAAGGCAAGAUCACCUCUCUGGACACGAGUACCAUGAGAGCAGCCAUGAAACCUGGCUGGGAGGACCUGGUGAGAAGGUGCAUUCAAAAGUUCCACGCACAGCACGAAGGGGAGUCUGUGUCGUACGCCAAGAGGCACCACCACGAAGUGCUGAGACAAGGACUGGCGUUCAGUCAGAUCUAUCGCUUCUCCUUGUCCGACGGCACUCUCGUUGCUGCGCAGACGAAGAGCAAACUGAUCCGUUCUCAGACUACUAAUGAGCCUCAGCUUGUGAUAUCGUUACAUAUGCUUCACAGAGAGCAGAGUGCAUGUGUAGUGAAUCCGGAUCUGACUGGACAAGCAGUGGGGAAGCCGUUGAACCCAAUUAGCGCUAGCAGCCCGGCCCAUCAGGCCCUGUGCAGUGGGAACCCGGGUCAGGACGUGGCCCUCAGUAGCAAUAUAAAUUUUCCCGUAAAUGGCCCAAAGGAACAAAUGGGCAUGCCCAUGGGCAGGUUCGGUGGUUCUGGGGGAAUGAACCAUGUGUCAGGCAUGCAAGCAGCCACUCCUCAGGGUAGUAACUAUGCACUCAAAAUGAACAGUCCCUCGCAGAGCAGCCCUGGCAUGAAUCCAGGGCAGCCCAGCUCCAUGCUUUCACCAAGGCAUCGCAUGAGCCCCGGAGUGGCUGGCAGUCCUCGCAUCCCACCCAGUCAGUUUUCUCCUGCAGGAAGCUUGCAUUCCCCCGUGGGAGUCUGCAGCAGCACAGGAAAUAGCCAUAGUUAUACCAACAGUUCCCUCAAUGCACUUCAGGCCCUCAGUGAGGGGCACGGAGUCUCAUUAGGGUCAUCGUUGGCUUCACCGGACCUAAAAAUGGGCAAUUUGCAAAACUCCCCGGUUAAUAUAAAUCCUCCCCCACUCAGCAAGAUGGGGAGCUUGGACUCCAAAGAAUGUUUCGGACUUUAUGGGGAGCCAUCGGAAAAUACAACUGGACCGGCGGAGAGCAGCUGCCAUCCCGGAGAGCAGAAAGAGACAAACGAUUCCAGUGCGCCCCAGGCAGCGGGCGGGGAGAGAGCCGAGGCGCAGAGCAGGUUGCACGACAGCAAAGGGCAGACCAAGCUGCUGCAGCUGCUGACCACCAGGGCUGACCAGACGGAGCCCUCCCCCAUACCCAGCUCACUGUCGGACGCUAGCAAGGACGCCGCAGGGAGUUUGCCCGGCGCGGGGUCCACCCAUGGGACCUCACUCAAGGAGAAGCAUAAAAUUUUGCACAGACUCUUGCAGGACAGCAGUUCCCCUGUGGACUUAGCCAAGCUAACAGCAGAAGCCACAGGCAAAGAACUAAGUCAGGAGUCCAGCACCACAGCUCCUGGCUCAGAAGUGACUAUUAAACAGGAGCCAGUGAGCCCUAAGAAGAAAGAGAAUGCACUACUUCGCUACUUGCUGGAUAAAGAUGAUACUAAAGAUAUUGGUUUACCAGAAGUAACCCCCAAACUUGAGCGCCUGGACAGUAAGCCAGACCCUGCCAGUAACACAAAGCUAUUAGCUAUGAAGACGGAGAAGGAGGAGAUGAGCUUCGAGCCCAGUGACCAGCCUGGCAGUGAGCUGGACAACUUGGAGGAGAUUUUGGAUGAUUUGCAGAAUAGUCAAUUACCACAGCUUUUCCCAGACACGAGGCCAGGCGCCCCUGCUGGAUCAGUUGACAAGCAAGCCAUCAUCAAUGACCUCAUGCAGCUCACAGCUGAAAACAGCCCCGCCACACCUGUUGGAGCCCAGAAAGCAGCACUGCGAAUUUCACAGAGCACUUUUAAUAACCCACGACCAGGGCAACUGGGCAGGUUAUUGCCAAACCAGAAUUUACCACUUGACAUCACAUUGCAAAGCCCAACUGGUGCUGGACCUUUCCCACCAAUCAGAAACAAUAGUCCCUACUCAGUGAUACCUCAGCCAGGAAUGAUGGGUACCCAAGGGAUGAUAGGAAACCAAGGCAACUUAGGGAACAGUAGCACAGGAAUGAUGGGUAGCAGUGCUUCCCGGCCCACCAUGCCAUCUGGAGAAUGGGCAUCGCAGAGUUCCGCCGUGAGAGUCACCUGUGCUGCCACCACCAGUGCCAUGAACCGGCCGACCCAAGGAGGUAUGAUCCGGAACCCGACCGCCAGCAUCCCUAUGAGACCCAGCAGCCAGCCUGGCCAAAGACAGAUGCUUCAGUCUCAGGUCAUGAACAUAGGGCCAUCUGAAUUAGAGAUGAAUAUGGGGGGACCUCAGUACAGCCAACAACAAGCUCCUCCAAAUCAGACUGCCCCGUGGCCUGAAAGCAUCCUGCCUAUAGACCAGGCAUCCUUUGCCGGCCAGAACAGGCAGCCGUUUAGCAGCUCUCCUGACGGCCUGCUGUGCCCACAUCCUGCGGCGGAGUCCCCGAGUGACGAGGGAGCUCUGCUGGACCAGCUCUACCUGGCCUUACGGAACUUUGAUGGCCUCGAGGAGAUCGAUAGAGCCUUGGGGAUACCUGAGCUGGUCAGCCAGAGCCAAGCGGUAGACCCGGACCAGUUCUCAAGUCAGGAUUCCAACAUCAUGCUGGAGCAGAAGGCACCUGUUUUCCCGCAGCAGUACGCAUCUCAGGCACAGGUAGCCCAGGGUAGCUAUACACCCAUGCAAGACCCAAACUUCCACACCGUGGGACAGCGGCCAAGCUAUGCCACACUCCGCAUGCAGCCCAGACCGGGCCUCCGGCCCACGGGCCUGGUGCAGAACCAGCCCAACCAACUGAGACUUCAGCUCCAGCACCGCCUCCAAGCACAGCAGAAUCGCCAGCCUCUUAUGAAUCAAAUCAGCAAUGUCUCAAAUGUGAACUUGACUCUGAGGCCAGGAGUACCUACCCAGGCACCUAUUAACGCUCAGAUGCUGGCCCAGAGACAGAGGGAAAUCCUGAACCAGCAUCUCCGACAGAGACAGAUGCACCAGCAGCAGCAAGUCCAGCAGCGAACUCUGAUGAUGAGAGGACAAGGGUUGAAUAUGACCCCGAGCAUGGUGGCUCCUAGUGGCAUCCCGGCAACCAUGAGCAACCCCCGGAUCCCCCAGGCAAAUGCCCAGCAGUUUCCAUUUCCUCCAAACUACGGAAUAAGUCAGCAACCUGACCCAGGCUUCACUGGGGCUACGACUCCUCAGAGCCCCCUGAUGUCGCCCCGCAUGGCGCACACGCAGAGCCCCAUGAUGCAGCAGUCUCAGGCCACCCCCGCCUACCAGGCGCCCGCAGACAUGAAUGGAUGGGCCCAGGGGAGCAUGGGUGGGAACAGCAUGUUUCCGCAGCAGUCCCCACCGCACUUCGGGCAGCAGGCAAACACCAGCAUGUACGGUAACAACAUGAACAUCAGUGUGUCCAUGGCGACCAACGCGGGCGGCAUGAGCAACAUGAACCAGAUGACGGGACAGAUCAGCAUGACCUCAGUGACCUCCGUGCCUACAUCGGGGCUGCCCUCCAUGGGGCCCGAGCCGGUAACCGACCCUGCUCUGAGGGGAGGCAGCCUUUUUCCAAACGCGCUGCCUGGGAUGGACAUGAUCAAGCAGGAGGGAGACGCGUCGCGGAAGUACUGCUGACCCCGCGCGGCGGGCGCGCUGUCUUCGCCGGUCUGAGCGCGGGUGCCCGUGCCGCCCCCGACGAGCGGACGCCGGAGCCGCCUUCCCGUGCUGGUCCGAAGCUCGCUCCAGACAGUUGCUCAGUCUGUUCACUGCAUUCACCUUAGUGCAAUUUAGAUCUCUCCUGCGAAGUACACGUUGACAGGCAAAUUUCAUACCCGUGUCAGAUUGAAUGUAUUUAAAUGUACGUGUUUAAGGAGAACCGCGCUCCUGUUCUGUUCCUGUUCGGUUCCAGACACUGGUUUCUUGCUUUGUUUUCCCUGGCUAAUCAGUCAAAUGCAGAAGAUCAAGGUUUCGUCUGGGGGAAGGAAGAGAACUGCGUACAAGCCAGCCCCGCGCUGGGAGGAAGCCGCCGGCCCCGAGCGGCGAGGAGCCUGUGAGGGGCUGCGAGCGUGGCAAGUGCUGUGUGGGUGUUUCCCCUUGUUAACAUUAAAUGAGUCCACCUAAAUUGUGAAUCAAGAAGUGUUUCCCUGUUUUAAACGAAGCCCCGGCGAGGCUGGGCGGCUGGAAUUGGCGUCGCCCCGCCCCCUGGUGUGCGUGCGCGCCCCCGUGCGCGGAGUCCGGCCGGGCGGCCGCAGGGCCGUGGGACCCGCGGUGCGGAGUAACGCGUGACCUGCGGCUCUAAGGAGGCGGAUGAGAAGUUCUCGGACGGUUCAGAUCAGGUAGUGGGUUUUGUUUUACAGCUAAUUAGGAGAAGAAAAUAAGUGAAGGAAUCCUCUGAUCAUAUUGAUCGCUAUCGAAGCAAAAGCCAAAUCAAUUCCCUUCAUUAUCAGUAUUUCUCAUGCUGUACACAAUAAAUUUGUUAGACUGAGUACUUGGUUUUUGUUGAUAGAACAAUUAAUCAGUGUUUUACUUAUAUUACUAAAUGUGAAAAACAUAAUGUGAAAAGUAUACAUACAUUAACUUGGUUGUUAAACCCAUUAAGUGUUCAUGUAAUGUGGUAAGUUUAAAAGUGAAGUGAGCUGUUUUACUACAAUGAAUUCGUUUGACGCAAAGAUUAAAAAGCCCCUCUCCCGACGUGUAUCUCAUACGGCCUGAAUAAUUGAAAGCAAUGUUUUUGCAAUUUAUAUAAUGCAAUUUUUAAUCUGUGUUUAAAAAUGGAGUUCAUAUGGGCUUAACACAUGAACUGGGUGGCACAGAUCCACUUGCAGAACCCAAAGAUACACAAUCAAUUUUGAAAUGCAACUUAAGCCAUUAAUUGUUGGUGUGAAUUUAAAAUUUUCUAGUGUUUGUAUGGUAGUAUGCUGCCUAAGAGCAAAGCAUUCUCUGCACAAAAGAAAAUUACUGUAGUGGCUUCGAUUUUAAUUAGAAUUUUCUCCCUGGUGUUUCUUUAUAGACGAAAACUAAGUCUUUUAAGUUUCUUACUACAGGUAAAAGCUAUGUGCAAGAACCUCAAAAUGCUAAAAUCUAGCAUAAUGCCUUAGAUCUGUUUUUAAGUCUUGUAUAUUCCUACAUAGCUGUCCGAUGUAUUAUAUUUGUAUAGUGAAUUGUGUACAAUUUUUGAAUAAGUGCAUCGUCGCUGAACCUUUAUGUUACUGCAGAGCGACGAUGAUACAUUUCUUCAAACAUUUAACUGUCAUUUUUUCCUUUGUCAUUUGUGGGUUUUAUUUGUACAGUUACUCAUAAAGUUGCAUCUGAGAUGUGUGUAUAUGAAAAGAUUAUACAAGGGUAAAAUUAAGCAAUAUAUUAACUAUGGUUCUUCAGGAGAAAGCUUACAGUGUUUCAGGUUGUGAUUUAUUUUCAAAACAGAGUUGACUCAACAUCACUUUGUUCACCUGCAUUGAUGUUUGUAUUUCUAGUGUGAGCAGUUUAUGCAAAGGUAGAUAUAUUCAGAGAAAUUUUAAAGACAUUUAUGCAAGUUAAUAUUGCUUUGCUGAUGCUAUUUGCUUAUUUGAUGUUAAAUAAUGCUAUUGUAAAUAAAGAAUUCUGUUGUUAUUGCAUCAUUUAAUAAAUUUUAAUGCCUUCGGGUUUUACAUGGCUUUAGAGAUUUUAA